AUGGGGUUGUUCGAUGUUUUUCGCAAGGGACCACGCGUCGACUUCAACUACAAAUCCCGAAACGACGAACUUCGCGCAGGUCGCCGCCUCGCCGAUGACAUAAACAGUGGGCGUAGGCCACCACCCAGCAAGUCAAACCCAGGGCAUGAGUUCAAAACCUUUGAUGAGAAAGGCUGUAUGCAUCAUAUGAAGAUUGGGGAAGACGGGAAGGUGUACGUUGACGAAGAGGAGGAUAGAAGACUAAACGACUUUGGCGCUGAAACCGCUAAGUACAAGGAAGCGGAGAGACAGGCCAAGCGAGAGCGGAGAGAACAGGUACACCUGAUGUUCCCUGGACAGAUUCUCAGUGGUCCAAAGGGAACGUUCGGACUAAAUGUCAAGUCUCACCUUGGAGACUUUGAGGGCGAUGGAGGUGAUGUAGAGGACGUAAAUCCGCGCAACUUUGGCCUCCCACCGCAGUCAAUGCGCUCGAAUCGGGAUCGCUCCGAACCACUACUUUCUUCUCAACGACCUUCAAGGUUUCGUAACCAGCAUGGGCCGCCAUUCGCUGGUAGCAGUAGCGCUCGAGACUUCCAACAGGGUCCUCGAUCCUCCUUUCUACACCCAGCUCUGUCUCCACAGCAAUCUCUAUUACCAUUUCAGCAACAAACUCUUCGAUUUGGGUCUCAACAACAGCCUGAACAACCUUUCAUGUUCCAGCCUUCAGUGCCGCCUCAACCUUUCCAACAUACACCAGCUAUGGUGGAUCCACUGAUGACUACAAAUCUUCCGUUGGGUGCAAGAGGUCAACGCAUAUAUGUGCCCGGCCAGAGUAGGCUCGAUCCAAAGCAAUUUGGACCGUUGAAUGAUCCAGACGCAAACUUUAAACAUCUAAAGGCGCUAGAGGAGUUGCGGAAGAAGAACGAGAGGAAAUGA